AGCGCCAAUCUGCACCAUCAUACCAGCGUUUCUUCUGCACAUUCUCCAACAAGGCCGACAUCAAGUCUCUGAAUCAUUCAAAGUCAAGUCUCAUCGCAUCCCAAUCAACACACCAGGCGUCUUUGACCAACCACAUCCUCGUUAUCCUUGCUGCGUGCCUUGCUUGCUUGUCUGCCCCUCAUCUCGGCGCGAAUGCCGACCUCCUCGCACGCGCGCGGAGCCCACUCUGGAAAGGUGCAGCUCGCGCGCAAGAAGUGGUCCCUCACACCCAUGCAACACCUUAGAGCGCUCAUCGAGAUUGUAUUACUAUCAUCCCGCCCCCUAUCCCCUGUCGCGAUCCGAUGGUCUUGGCUGCAGAUGCGCCAUUGGUUCAUCUCGCUUUCCUCGAUCUUCACCUCCACUCUCAUCCAUGUGGGCUCGUUCUCAGACUUGAUCGCAAUCCCGAAGCCUUCUCUUCUCUUUCUAGAGCGCAGAGGCGGGAUGGAUGGAUCAUCUCCUCUUUCCACAACCUCACUUUACUGCAAACAUGCCUCCCAUUCCACUUACUCCAUCGUCGCGGGCCUCCUUCCACCCACAAUACAAAGCAAUGCAAGCGCUUCCGUCCAGUUCUUGACUUUUUUGGUGCGAGAAGCGAUUGGCGAGCGAGAUGGUGGGCGUUUUGAUUUUGCGCAAAGUUUUGAUUGGCGAUUUGCGAUUUGCGAUUGCGAUUGCGAUUGAGCGCAGCAUCGCUGCUGGUGUGCUUGUGGUGAGUAUUCACGAUUGUUGUGGGGGGAUUGCGUUGGCCGGGUAUUGGACUCGAGACUGAGAAGCAUUCGUGAUUGCCGCACAAGUCACAGUG